AUGAAGAAUGGAAAGGGUGCUGGCAGCCGCCAAAUUCAUUUGGUGUGCAAGACUUGCACAACUUGGGUAGUGAAGGGCUGCCUACAGAAGGGCGGUGACUUCAAGAUCACCAAGGUAGAGGGCUCGCACGUCGACUGUGCUGGGGGCGGUCGGACGAGCUCCGCAGUCGUACAACCCCUGGUGAACCAGUUGGUUAGGGCCAACCCCAAGAUCGCCGGUACCGCGAUCAAGAGAACCCUCAAGACCGUGGGAUUCACCGUCUCCGACCGGCAAUCUCAACGCGCCAAGAAGCGCAUCGCGACCGCUACCAAGGGGGAUGGAGCGGCUGCCCUUUCGCGUCUUCCAUCCCUUUUCCAAGGGAUCGAGCGCGAUUGCCCGGGUUCGAUUGCCACCGUCGAGAUGAGUCCCGACAACCGGUUCGUCAGGAGCUUCCUGAUGCUGGGUAAGGCCGCCUACGUCGCCGCGCACAGCGUCCCCAAGAUAGUGGCCAUGGACGCUGGCCACCUCAAGGGUUCGUGGCACGGAGUCAUGUACGUCCUCUGCAUGCACGACAGUAACAACAAGAUCAUCCACGUCAGCACUGUCCUCGCAGACAAAGAGAACGCGACCAACUACGAGUUCCUGCUCCAGCAGACCUGCCGGAACGAGCACAUGCAGCGACUUCUUUCGUCCGGCGAGGUGACGUUCUACAUCGACGGUCACAAAGGAUCACCGGCGGCCCUCAGGGCGGUUCUACCGCAAGCGCCAUGGCGUGCGUGCGUGAGGCACUUCAUCACCAACAGAAACAUGAAGGCAAUGGGACAAGCCUAUUCAAACGCGGUUUACCGAGCGGCGGUGGCGCCUACCAAGGCCCUGUUCGAGGAGAUCAUGGAGCCAGUCAAGAAGGACUUCCCGGGUAACUACGGCAUGCUCAUGAGCAACGACCUCAAGAAAUGGACACACCAUGCCACCCCCAGCAACCUGGUCAACCUGAAGAUGAGCACCUCCAACUCUGCGGAGUCCAGCAUUUCCGCGGUCGGCCACCAGACACGGGAAAUGGACCCUUAUCAUCUCCACAUCGGGAUUGCGGAGAAAACUGCAGAGCAACUCGCGACGAAUGCCGAAUUGAAGAAGGACAGCUCUGCCAUCCUCGUCCCAUUCGCGGCCAAGUUCAUGGAGGACGAGAGGUUGCUCAGUCUUCACAAGCACGUCAAGAGCUUGGGCUUGGGCACCUACCUUGUUCAGGAGCACGGCAAGAGCCAGUACGGCAACAGGGUGACGAUCGUGCUGCCGGACACGGAAGGGAAGGGUGGCCGCGUCGAGUGCACCUGCAGCGUCCCUUCCAGGUUCCACCUGCUGUGCCAGGACUCCCUCGCGGUGUUGAAAUCAAUCGACAGGCUUGACUGCACGAGGGCGCAUGUUGAUGGCGGGUACACCCUGGCUUCCUACAGGGCGCUCCACAGCCACCCCGACUAUCCCGUCGUGCUUCCUAUCUGGUCAGAGCUUUCGAAGGGCGACCUCCUGCCCCCGCGCCAGGUGACCCGGCAAGCUGGUGCUCCGAAGAAGAAGCGUGGCCCCCGGCAGCGUUCCCGAAUCCCUGGUCGCAACGACAACUGCCAGCGCGGACGUGGCAACGUAGCCCAAGGCGGAGGUGGUCGUGGCGGGGGCGGCAACGCCCAGCCCGUCCCAGUACAUGGGAUGGGCAGUGUUCGCAGCCACGUGGGAGACCUCAACGUCGGAGGUUCCGCGGGCGAGCGACCUACCGGGAGGGUAUGGGGGGGGCUUGCGGUUCAGCGUUACGGCUCACAAGACGCUUCCGGCCGCGACCACACAGCGGGGGCGGGGGCCGGGUCAAGCGCUAUGCUGAGUCAAUCCCAAGGCUCCAUCGACCUGUCCUAG